UUACUCAUUUAUAAACUUGUAAUAAAAUAUUAAGAUGGAAUAUAUGUGUAUUUAAUGUAUGUAUGUGUGAAAUACUUUAUAGUUAUUAAUCUAAUCACUUUUGUGCUGUUUUAUAGACUCUCUGAUAACAAAUAAAUAUUUCAUUUUCUUCACUGUCUUCUAAAAUUUACUGAACAUUGAGGUUUUUAAAUGAAUAUGUCCUGUAUGAAACACACAUACUACUUGUUUUACUAUAAUUCUGUCCAUUUAAAUCAGUCCACAUGUGAAUCAAGAGUUGAAUAAAUUAAAUUAAAUAAAAUACAUUAAAAUAAGUGAUUGUUGAAGCACGUGCGUGUUUAAAGGUUCAGCGUGUGUGUUGAUACUGACACAGGAAAUUCAGUCAGUAUAUGAAGUUACAGACUGUUCACACGACACACUUUCACACGGUUUCAAAUCAGCAGCAGCUCAGGACUUGAGAUCAAUAAAUACAAAUCAUUUUAUGCAUGUAAAUACUAACGUGUACAAGAGUGUUUCAGACAGGAUUGUCUGUUACUGAAGAGAUGGACAUGGCAGAGAAAAUAAUUAUUUUCUGUUUUCUGUUAGAAGGUGUUUGCUGUGGAGAUUUCAACAUCUAUCUGCCAGAGAAGAUUAAAGCUCUCAGUGGAUCUUGUGUGAUCAUAAAGUGCAGAUUUGAGAUUAAAGAAGAAUUUGACAAAGACCUCACCGAGAGAGCUACAGGAGUGUGGUUCAAAGAUGGGACUGAAGCGAACAAAAAUGUAGUGUUUAACUCAAGGACAUCAAGCAGAAACUUCUUAAUUAGAGGAAAUAUAACUGGAAAAUUAAAAGAUAAGGACUGCACCACUGUAUUUUAUGACCUCAGAUCAAAUCACAGUGGUCGGUAUUUAUUCAGGAUUGAGGGUGAAGGUAAACUGAAAUAUACCUAUAGACAAGCCAAUGUUUCAAUAGAUGUGAUUGAGUCUCCUCCCAAACCCAGAGUGCAGCUGUAUGUGGAGCAGAAGGAGGUGCAGGGUCAGGAGGAGGUGUUGGAGGUGUUGGAGGGGAGCUCUGUGAGUCUGCGCUGCUCUGCUGAGACUCUCUGCUCCUCUCCUCCACCAACUCUCACAUGGAGCUCCACUCCCAGAAUCCCCCUCAGUGAGAGCAGCAGACUACAGGAGCUCAUCUCUGAUCUGAACUUCACUGCUACUCACUGUGAACACGGAGUCACUUUCACCUGCACUAUAACCUACCAGCUACAGGACAAGACCAAAACAGAACAGGACAGCAUCGCACUACAUGUUCAGUGUUUGAAUCAUUUCUCUUUGCUGAUUGGAGUUGUUGUUGUGGCUCUGGUGAUCAUGUUGUUAAGCACCAUUACAUGCAUCUGUGUACGAUUGUCCACUAAGCAGAAGGCUCAGAAUGAGGCAGUAGACACAUAUGCUUCUCUUCAGCUCUCUGCUCCAGUCUCUGAAUAUGAGACUUUGAACAUUAAGCAACAAAUACACGUCUGAUCUCCUCCUCUGUCUUCCUCUGUCAGCUGUACUUUCAGGAUUUUAAAAAUACACAUUUCCAUUAUGAAAGACUUAUAAAAAACAAUGUUUCAUAUCUGAUACAUACAACACGAAGACCAAGCUUCACUACCAGAGAAAUAAACUAUUUUGACAUUUGAUUGGAGCUUAAAGGGGGGGUGAAAUGCUCGUUUUCACUCAAUAUCCUGUUAAUCUUGAGUACCUAUAGAGUAGUACUG